UCUGAUUCAUACGCAUACAUCAAUUUUGCCAACCCAUUAAAUGUAAAGCUAUCCUUGCAGUUGCAGAGUCCAACCCUACCCAAAUCCUGACAUAGAUACACACACACACACACACACAUUGAUCAGGUUAUAAGACCAACCACACACGAAAAAAAUAUCAAGAUCAAGAUGGAGAACCACCACCAAAAAGCUACCAAUGGUUUCUCCAAACCAACCGGUUACAGUACAGCCGGAAAGGUCAUCACUUGCAAAGCUGCUGUUGUAUGGGUUCCAGGAGAACCUUUUGUCAUGGAACAAGUUCAAGUCGAUCCACCUCAAAAAUUGGAGGUUCGAAUCAAGAUCCUCUUCACCUCAAUCUGCCACACUGAUCUUAGUGCUUGGAAAGGAGAUAAUGAAGCUCAACGAGCCUUUCCUCGAAUAUUAGGCCAUGAAGCUUCCGGAAUUGUUGAGAGUGUGGGUGAAGGUGUGAUGGACAUAAAAGAAGGGGACCAUGUGGUACCAAUUUUCAACGGAGAGUGUGGCGAGUGCAAGUGUUGCAAGUCUGAGAAAACCAAUAUUUGCAGUAAUUCUGGAGUGAACGGAUUUAAGAAGGUGAUGACUAACGAUGGAAAAAGUAGGUUUUCGACCAAAGAUGGAAAGGCAAUCUACCAUUUUCUCAACACUUCAACUUUCAGUGAGUAUACAGUGCUUGAAUCUGCUUGUGUUGUCAAGAUCGACCGUGAGGCUCCUAUGAAGAAGAUGACCCUGCUAAGUUGUGGUGUUUCAACUGGAGUCGGUGCUGCAUGGAAUACUGCUAAUGUGCAACCUGCCUCAACUGUCGCCAUUUUCGGUUUAGGAUCCGUGGGACUUGCUGUCGCUGAAGGAGCAAGAGUCAGAGGAGCAUCUAAAAUUAUUGGUGUUGACAUUAACCCCGAUAAAUUCAUCAAAGGUCAAGAAAUGGGAGUCACAAAUUUCAUAAACCCAACCGAACCUGGAAAGCCAGUGCAUGAGAGGAUAAGAGAAAUUACGGAUGGAGGGGUGGACUAUAGCUUUGAGUGUGUAGGCAACUUGGAUGUUCUUCGGGAGGCCUUUCUGUCCACACAUGAGGGUUGGGGGUUUACUGUGAUACUGGGAAUUCAUGCAGCCCCAACAACGCUCCCUUUCCAUCCAAUGGAGUUGUUUAAUGGUCGAGGAAUUAUUGGGUCUGUGUUUGGAGGCUUCAAAGGGAAGUCCCAACUCCCUCAUUUCGCUAUACAGUGCAUGCGUGGGGUUGUAGGUUUGGACAAGUUCAUAACGCAUGAGCUUCCAUUUGAGAAGAUAAACGAUGCCUUUCAGUUGCUCAUUGAAGGCAAGUCAUUGAGAUGCGUUUUGCAACUCUGAGUUAGCCAUUGAUGCUCUGCAAGCAGACGUUAAUACGAUUUUCUUACCUUUUUCUUUACCUUCUCGUUGUGAUGUAUUUGACGAGUUAUUCUAAUUGUGUGGUUGUAUUAUUAUGUUGGCUUUGCA